AUGUUCGCAACACAGCAAGACCAAGAAAAUCGCAUCGCGCAUCAAGCUGGGAUUACCAAACAACUCCCAGCAAAGACACCCGGCGCUUUGUACCCCAAAACGCCGUUGAAGGUUCCACUCAACGAUGAGAACACCACUCGAGUGUUUGGCGGAAAGGGCACGAUUGUAAAAGGCGAUAAUGGCUUCACCAAGGGAGCUCGGGCAAACAUGAUGACACCCGCCCCUCGAACUGCCAGAGCGCCACUCGGGAACAAAACUACCAACGCAAAGGCAAGAGCGACACAACAGACCGGAGGAGGCAAGGAACUAGGCGGCGAUCUGAAGUCAACCGUGAAACCAACGACGACCCUCCUUCAGAAGCAGGCCGCACCGCAGACCCAAGACUCCAAGCUGGAAGUGCAUGUUGACACCAAGCCGAAACAUGACGAAGAAGAGGAGAUCGAGUACUGUCCUCCUCCGGCCCAGGAUCUUCCGUACGAGUCCGACGUCCUCCCUGCGCACGCCCUGACCUUCGAGUCGCUGAAGCCUGAGAACAUGUUCAAGGGAUACUACGAGUAUUACUAUAAGAAAGUGGACGACAAUGGCAUGACAGCCAAGGAGAGGGAGAUGGCAGAGCGGCAACAACGCAACUUUGCACGCGGCGACGAACAAAUCACGAAAGACAUGGAGGCAUUCGAUUGGAGUAUUGGCGACGUUCCUGAGAGCAAGGAUGUCUUUAAGAAGACUCAAGUGGACGCAUCUGCAGUUGCUCGUUCUGGAGAAACUAAGAAGAUUGGAUGCCUACCAAGCAGGCCGCCCAGUACAUUGGUAACCCGAAGAGCUGCUUCCGCUCUGUCCCAUACUUCCGCGAGGGAACGAAGCAUAUCCCGCCCACAGUUGAAUAGCAAGCCCUCUUUGACGGCCGUUAACAAAGGCAGUCUCUUUGCGCGCAAGCCGUCUUUAUCAAAUGCAAGCCACGCCAGAACCCUGUCGAAGGACCGUCCAACCUCCACUGCGGCAUCUCGGAACACUCUAGGAUACACCAGAGGCAGAUCUGUUUCCGAAGCGACAAGACCGGCCAGCGCUGCUGCCAGUAGUCAACAGCAACCGGGGCCAAGGCCUCGUAAUUUCUCCCGCACCAGCAGUCUGGUGUCGAAUGGGUCAGACAGCACCAUCACACCGGCUCGGUUUGCGCAGGCUCAGACAACACAGGAGGUCCAGAAGCCACUUGGGCUCCUGUCCAUCUUCACCCAUGAUGAGGAAGGAGAGCACAGUGACCAUGAGACCGUGCCACAUUUUGACGAUUCCGAUGAUGAUUUCCAGCUCUCUACCGACUUCUGA